GUUUAGUUAUUCGCGGAGUGGUCAACGAUGAAGAUAUUAAUUUUCUCUUUUCUGGCUCUGUCUACUUUUCUAAUUGUUCGAUGUAGUAAUAUUACGGAUGGAAGUGAACUAGAAUCAAGGAGUAGAGUUAAAAAUGGUUUAGAACCUCUGGUCAAAUUUGUCCAUUUCUUUCUCCAUAAGGUUGUUCAACCAAAGACAAUUGACGUAUUCCUUAACAAGGCUGAAAUAACAGACUAUACAUCAUGGCAGAAUUACUGGCGAAAUACCAAUUGGAAAACAAUUGUUAAUCAUAUGAGUAAAGUUUAUUUGGGCUUUACAAUUAUAACUCUUAUAGGUGUAUUCGUCAUUGUUGGAUUAUUAAUAUCCGGUUUAGUAGUUUGCUGCUGCCGAUGUUGCUGUUCAAAAAAGCCAAAGAUAGACGAAGGAGGUAAAGAUACCUGCAAAAGAACUUGCUGUGGCUUUAUACUGUUUAUUAUAUCACUCUUCUGCGUUGGCCUAUGUGUUGUUGGAGCUGUUGCUGGAACUCAUUUGGCUAGAGAAAUUAAGGCUGAAAAUUUUCCAAAAGAUUUUGAAGAUAUAAGCUUAGUCAUUAACAGUUAUAUAUCUUCUACCAAGUCCAAUAUGACAAAGACAAUUACAAAUACAAUAAGUGAAACUCGGGAUCAGGUUAACGAUAAAUUAACAGUAUUCCCACAAUCUGUAUUUACUAAUUUCAAUCGUGAAAUCAAAGACGUAAAUUCUACAUUUAAUAGUAUAAUAAGAACAUCUAAUAGAAACCAAUUGGCGUCUUCUUAUACUGAUAUGAAGUUCAGUAGCGGAAAUUAUAGUGCGAGUAGAGGACAGUUGACUACUUCUCUUACUACGUUAAAGUCUGAUAUAAGUACAAAAUUACAAACUUGUUCGUCAGAUGAGUGUACACGUGCAAAAGAAUUGCUGAAAAUUAUGCGACCAGAAGCUGAUUUUUCUAACUUGAAGUCAGUAGAUGAUGCUAUUCUGGCUGCUUUUUUAGUUGUUCAGACUGGAGAAUCCCUCAAACAAGCACUGACAAGAUAUUCUAAUAUUGAAAACACGAUAACAACUGCGGCCAAUAGCGCUAUAGUAAGGGCAAAAAAAGAAGUUUCUGAUAUUGCUUCAAGUGGACUGCAAGCUGCAAAAGAUUUAGAGAAGAAAUUAGAUUUUCAAGUCAGCAUGAAAUUUAACUCCAAGACAAAAAAUAACUUGAAUAAAGCCUCGAAAAUAGUUUUCAGUAGUUUAAUCGGAAUUGCUGGAUUGUUGGCUUUAAUUGGUAUUUUUUUUAUAAUCGGUCUAUUUUGUGGUGGAGUGUUACCUCAACCAAAAAAGCUUGGUCAAUGCUGUUCUUCAAACCAAGGGUCUAAUAUUAUAUGGGUUGGAGCCAUAAUAUUUUUUAUUUUUGGUUGGCUUUUACUUCUAUUGACAACUUCUCUCUUCCUAGCUGGUGGAAUAGCUGAAGAUAAUGUUUGUAGACACCUAAGGAAAAUAGAUGAACCUCUAAAUAAGAUAGGAGAAAUAGUGAAGAAAAGUGUAAAAAUCGAUAUUAUUCAAAACUCUACAGUAACUUUUACUGGUCUUUUAAACAGUAUGAAAAACAACGAAGCAAUCUAUCAAACUUUGAAACUAUCAGAUUUUCCAAAUCUUAAUCUUACGAAAUUGUUAAAUUUACAAAAAAUCCAAGAUGCCUUAUUAAAAGAAUUGGCUGAAAUUAAAAUAGAUUUAACAACUGUAAAUAUCUUGCCAGACACUUUUCCAAUUUUAAAUCAAACAGGCAACACUUUUGAUGAAGUGAAUAUUACUGAAUGGAUAGCACAAACAAAUAAGCAAGUAAUGAAGGGUGAUCUACUAGAAUUGGUAAAAGUAAUGAGAGAAAUCCAAGGCAUAGACCUUGUUUCCGAAAUUAACAGGGCUAACAGCAUUCAUGGUGAUACAGUUGUUCCCAUGGAAACACUUAAAACUAGCAUCAGAAAUUCAUCCAUGUAUGUUAAAGAUAGUUUCGAAGAUAGGGGCUUUUCCGCUGUUUUGGCAGAUUUAGAAGAAAGUAGUACUACAAUUACACAAAGUGGUAACAAUAUUACGAGUAAGAUAAUAAAGGAUGAAGCCACUGUUAUCUUUGAUAUUGUUAAAUUUCAAAUAAAUGGCAUUAUUAGUGUGGCAACAAAUGAAAUAGGCAGAACAAAACCGAUGUGGAAUGUAUAUAAUUCGCUAACAAGAAUAUCUUGUGACCAAGUUAUGAAUUCAUUAAACAAUUAUUGGUUUUGUUUGGGAUGGACAAGUUUCUUUUACCUACUAGCAAUGGGUUUUGCAACUGGCAUGGCGGAUAUGUUUAGAAAGCCGAAGGAGGAAGAAGAUUUUCCCAUGACCAAUUCAGAGUUAAACGGUAUUCCAAUGAACUCAAGAAGCUAUGUUUAUUCAACAAGUGACAAUGACAAUGACCCAGGAGACCGGAAGUUCUACCCAAGACCUAGACAGAGACGAGAUAUGCACGAUCGAACGGGCAGAGUUGACAGGAUACAAGAACAAUAUAUCUAAGAUGAAAAUUUCUACAAAUUCUCAGUUUUAUUCCUUGUUAUGAGCUUUAGUUUCUAUUAACAUUUUUUGUUAUUACACGAAUAUCCUAUUAUAUUUAUAAAUAGUAUGUUAAAAGAUGUUUGGAAUACCUUUGCAGGCAAAGAGAAAAACAUUAUUUUAAAUGAUAUUAUUAAUUAACAGUGUCGACAUCUUUAU